UGGCCCGGUAGCUGAUCAUUUGAUAAUGAAGAUGAUGAUGGGCCGCGAUGAGCCCAUCGCGAGUUCUAAGCCUAAGGAGAGCUGAGUAGAAGCCGGAGGCUAAAAACUAAGGAUCCUAACUAAGGAGGUCACGACGAAGAGGAAGCUCACGUCACAACCAGAAGAGGCGCAGGACCCGGUCAAGGGGAAGCUGUUGCGGAUUCCACCUCAAGUGGAGAGGAUCUCGGAGAUCAGUUGCAGAUAACCUAAAGGAGUCCAAGGCUAUAAAAGAAGAAGGUCGAAGAUCAAGAAAAGGAUCCGAGCCUACUCAUAUUUUUACUCAACAUUCAUUGAAACAUUCUUACUUGUAAUUCUCUCGUGAUCUUUAUAUUCAUCAAAGAUCAUCUUUUGUAACCAUCUCAUUUCUAUUACAUUAAUACAAAUCAAAGUUCAUUCAUCAAGUUCUUACGGGAUUCAGCCCGCGAUAAUCUUUCCCUAACCUUUUCUAAACAUAAAAACCUGAUCUAAAAUCUAGGUGUGAGUUUUACCCCUCACAAUUGGCGCCGUCUGUGGGGAAGAAACAAUCGAAUCCCUUACUCUAACUUGAGGAUGAAUCCUACCGAUCAGACAACAACCCCGUCUGACCUUAACCUCCCGAUCCAGAGCGAUGGCUCACCGAACGACGGAGGCUCUAGCCUCGUAAUCACAGAGCCUCAACGUGGCGACCACCGAUCUGUGCAACAGCUUCCGGUUGAUGCUCGAACGAGCCAAACUACAACCGGAGUUAUUAACCCGAGAUCAUCGGAGAAUCCUCAGCAGCAAGCCAUUCCGAAUCAAACGGAGGCUCAGCUCUCUGAGAUCCGCCAAAUGAUGAUACAAUUAGUGAACAAAGCUCAGGAAAGUGAGCGCACGAUACAUCAGUUGACUAUACGUCAACAACGAUUUGAAGAGAUAACCAGAUCUCUAAACGCAACAACCCAACCACCGCAACGUCAAGCUCCGGGGGUCAUCUUUCAUGAUCGAUUAACCGAUCCCUCAUUCCCCCGAGCACGUUUAAACUUUUCCCCGGAUAGCACUACCCCGGAAGGACACGAAUCUGCUUUCCAGACACCUCAUACUGGGACAGAUCCCGUGUUCAAUCCACCUAACGCCAGUGUUAUGGGAAGUAACAUGGCGACAACUAGUUCCACACCCAGUCAGGUCGCUGACAGGAGUACUCGCUUACCUCCUCCGCCGCCUGAUCCUAGGUCCGGAGCAGGAAUAUCCCUCCCAUCUGGGGGCAGAACGUCAGCUUCGGUUUACCAAACUAGAAACUCGAUCCCGAAUGGGGAUGGUUAUCAAAGGAUAGAUUCCGAUAACCCAAGAAAUGCCGAGCGAUUUAGCCCAUCAACCGCAUGGGAGAAUGAGCCAACUCGACCACGUCAGGAACCUACCCGUCGGGUACCUGCGAACGAUCCAAACGUCCUUCCGUUUGAAGGACCUGAAGCUAUCCGUAGAUAUAUGGAGCGAACUCACGCAGCCCUCCAGAAAUUGGGAGCUCAAGUCCAUAAAGCUACGAGUUCAGCUCCCGAAAUCGAUAGCUUACUCGAGGAAACCCGUGGAACUCCAUUCACAGACAGAAUUGCCAGCUAUCACAUAAGAGAUACCCGAAAAAUACGAAUUCCUGAGUAUGAUGGGACCUCCGACCCGAAAGCCUAUCUGAGAGCUUUCCGAUUGGCAAUUGUUAAAGCCCAUUUCACACAAGAAGAAUGUGAAGCAGGUUACUGUAGGACAUUCGCCGAAAAUUUGGUCGGGACAGCCCUCGAGUGGUUCUCCGGUCUUGAGCCAGCCUCAAUAGACAAUUUUGAUCAAUUAACCAACGCCUUCAUGAAGCAAUACUCAACCCAUAUCCGGAAGCAAGCCUCUGAGGCCGACCUUUGGAAGGUCAGUCAAGGAAUGGGAGACUCACUACGAGUCUACAUUGAGAAAUUCAGGGCAAUAAGAACCAAGCUCUCGAAUCCUAACGACCUAAUCGCCAUCGAGGCCCUUAGGAGAGGUCUGAUCUAUAAAUCGAAAUUCUGGUCGGAACUAACACUCAAUGCUCCCCCAACUAUCGAUGACGCUCUUCAUAGAGCCACCAAAUAUAUUACUUUGGAGGAGGAGACAGCUGCACUGGAUAAGCUCCACAAGAAACCUCAGAAUCAUCCGAAAGGUGACUCCUCUGAGACUAGGGGACCUCAUAAGAGGGGUAACCCUCGAAAUAGUCAGACUCAGGGAGAACAUUCCUACGCAAUCGAGGAAGACAAGGAAGAGAAACCUGUUGCAGCAGCAAACAAAACUCCCUGGUCAAAAGGCUUCGAUAAAGGCAAACGUUGCUCUUAUCACGAUCGUGAAGGACACUCAACCGAAGAGUGUUGGGACCUCCAACGCCAGCUGGCAGCUAAAUUCGCAGCUGGAGAAAUAAAGGGCGUGGACCUUAAAAAGCCACCACCUUAUCAGAAAAGAGGUUCCAGGGACACUUCCCCUAAACGUGAGAGGUCACCUGAGAAGGAGACCGAUUCGCCACCUCCAGCUCCCAAGAAAAGAGUCGAAAUAAUUCUCGGGAAAUUCCCCCAAGGAAAAAGUUUACAAGUCGAAGCUCUCUUGAGCAAACCGUCCCCUCAAUCGAGCCCCGACUCGCGGGUGGACUGUAUCCUUGGAGGAUCAGACAUAUGUCAAGACUCCGUCAAUUCCAUUAAGAAUCACGUGCGGAAGGCUGUAUCUAAUACUGGACCUAAGCCUCCUAACCCUGAAUCCAAUACUAAGAUUUCUUUCUGGGAAAGCGAGACCUCAAACCUUGACAGACCUCACGAUGAUGCGUUGAUCGUCACCUUGAACAUCGCAGGAUACGAGGUUCCUAAGCUCAUGAUAGACACAGGAAGCUCUGUCGACCUCAUUUUCUAUAAUACCCUAAAAGGGAUGGAAAUAGACGACUACGAAAUUAUUGGCCAAAAAACAAAAAAGGAGCUCAUUGAUUUCCUGAAAAGCAAUGUCAAAACCUUUGCAUGGUCCACCAGUGACAUGAAAGGAAUAGAUCCGAGUGUCACCACCCAUAAGCUAAAAGUUGACCCUACUUUCAAACCAAUCAAACAGAAGCGUCGUAAGCUAGGCCUCGAAAAGGCUCAAGCUGUUAACGACGAAAUCGACCGACUUACGAAAGCUGGGUCCAUUCGAGAGGUACAUUACCCCGACUGCUUCCCGUUACCUCACAUCGACCGCCUGGUUGAAGCAACAGCUGGCCAUCGACUCCUAUCCUUCAUGGAUGCCUUCUCAGGAUACAAUCAAAUCAUGAUGGAUCCUGAGGACCAGGAGAAAACUGCAUUCAUAACCGAACGAGGAACCUAUUGUUAUAAGGUUAUGCCAUUCGGAUUAAAGAAUGCAGGAGCUACCUAUCAGAGACUAGUAAAUAAGAUGUUUGCUGGACAACUCGGAAAAACCAUGGAGGUCUAUAUCGACGACAUGCUAGUCAAAUCCUCAGCUGGAGAAGAUCAUAUCUCCCACUUAAGGGAAUGUUUCGAUAUCCUGAAUAAGUACGAUAUGAAGCUCAAUCCCACUAAAUGUACUUUCGGGGUACCCUCAGGCGAGUUCCUAGGAUUCAUAUCCAAGUCCACCGAUAAAUGCCUCCCAUUUUACAAGCUUCUAAGAAAUAAUAAGAAGUUCUUAUGGGACGAGAAAUGUGAGGAAGCCUUCAAGCAAUUGAAAGCUUACCUCUCCGAACCUCCGAUCCUAUCUAAACCAGUAAUAGGAGAGCCAUUGUACUUAUAUCUCGCUGUGUCAACUGCUGCAGUCAGCGGCGUUCUAGUACGAGAAGAACAAAACGAACAAAGACCUGUCUAUUACACCAGUAAAAGUUUGAUAGAUGCCGAAACCAGGUACCCUGCGAUGGAAAAACUAGCUCUAGCAGUCGUAACAGCUGCCAGAAAAUUGCGACCUUACUUCCAAUCGCAUUCGAUCGUUGUAAUGACCUCACAACCAUUACGAAUGAUCUUGCACAGCCCCAGCCAGUCAGGGCGAUUGGCUAAAUGGGCCAUAGAGCUCAGCGAAUAUGAUAUUGAGUAUAGACCUCGAGCAGCAGCGAAAGCCCAGGUCCUUGCUGACUUUAUCAUUGAGCUAACAUCCGAACACCAGUUUCACGGAGAAUAUGAAACAAGGGACGAAAGAAUGGGGGCAUAUCUCGAAGUCGUCCAGAACCUCACUAGGCAGUUCGACAAAUUCGAGCUAACGAGAAUCCCACGAGGAGAGAACUCCUCAGCAGAUGCGUUGGCUGCUUUAGCUUCCACGUCAGACCCUCUCGUAAAACGAAUCAUACCCGUAGAAGGAAUCGAGAAACCAAGCAUCGACAUAGCUACUAAAGCUGAGAAAGAGAGCAAGUUAACAGCGCAACUCGAAGGUACCUGCCCUGAAACGGUAGCUACCCAGGUUUUCACAACAUUUUGGUUUCCAAAAACCAGAAUAUGCAGCCCAAAAAAGCAUACCUCCGGGAACACGAUCCAAAUCACGGAAGAUAUUCCUCGACACUCAGACUCCUUAGAGCCUGCUCUCGAGAAUACCCCCGGGGGCACCAACUCAGACCCAAUCAUCUGCAGAGUUAAGACCAGAAGCCGUACAGCUCUCAAAAAUUCAUCUGGAGGUAUUCCUCGGAAUUCAGACUCCCUGGAGCCCAAUCCUACCAAUACCUCCGGGGGCACCACGACACCAGGUCCCGAACAGGAACCUCCCUCGUCUCUCCAUAACAAAGUCGUAGGAAGGGAGGAUUGGAGAAUUCCAAUCACGCAAUACAUCCUGGAGGGAAAGACUCCACCCAAUAAAUGGGAGGCUCGAAAGCUCAAAGCAUUAAGCGCAAGAUAUUGCGUAACCGAAUCUGUCCUCCUCAAACGAAGCAUUUCCGGACCUUACCUAAAAUGCGUCCAUGGCUCCGUUGCUAUGAGACUCAUGAAGGAAAUGCACGACGGUUCCUGCGGGAACCACUCUGGAGGAAGAGCUCUAGCCAUCAGAAUCAAAAGACAAGGAUAUUUCUGGCCUACCAUUAUUGCAGAUUGCGAGGCCUAUUCCUCCUCAUGCGACAAAUGCCAGAGGCAUGCACCGAUUAUACACCAACCUGCGGAAAAGCUGUCUAACAUAUCUGCCCCUUAUCCGUUUAUGAGAUGGUCCAUGGAUAUCGUGGGACCACUAGUACCAUCAGGAAGUGGAAAGAAGAAGCUACGCUACCUCCUAGUCUUAACGGACUACUUCACAAAAUGGAUAGAGGCUGAAGCUUUCCAGCAGGUAACCAGGGUCGAGGUCGAGCAAUUUGUAUGGAAAGAUAUCGUGUGUAGACACGGCGUCCCAUACGAAAUCGUAACUGACAAUGGAGGACAAUUCAUAUCCCACGAUUUCAAAAUAUUUUGUGACAAGUGGAAUAUCCGCCUGACCUUCUCAUCACCUCGCCGACCUCAAGGUAACGGACAGGCGGAGGCUGCUAAUAAAUCAGUAUUAGCAAACCUCAAGAAACGCCUCGGAACCCAGAAGGAAUUCUGGUCAGAGAAGUUACUUGAAGUACUUUGGGCAUGUCGGACCACCCCACGAAAAGCUACAGAAGAAACUCCUUUCUCCUUAGCAUAUGGGAUGGAAGCUGUCGUUCCAGCUGAAACCAUUGCUGGUAGCCUCCGCCGGAAACUCUGUACAUCCAAUCCCGCAGCUAAUGAUCAGCUCCUAACUGACAGCCUCGAUCUAAUCGAGGAAAGACGGGACCGAGCUUUGAUUCGCAUUCAGAACUAUCAGCAAGCAAUGGCACGACAGUACAAUUCCAAAGUCAGGCUCCGACAGUUCGCUGUUGGUGACCUAGUACUUAGGAAAGUUUUCGAAGGAACCAAAGAACCAAAUGCUGGGAAGUUAGGAACCAACUGGGAAGGUCCCUACCAGAUCAUCCACGUGGUACGACCUGGCGUCUACAAACUCCGAAAGGUGCGAACUGGGGUACCUGAAAUCAGAUCGUGGAAUGCCACGAAUCUUAAGAGAUAUUAUCAUUAGGUACCUAAAACUCCUGAACUACGUUAGGCUUG